ACUGCCUAAAGGACCUGUGCUCACCGUCUCCUAGCUUUCUCUACAGACCCCCUCUGCUCGUUCAACGUUACUCCACCGCCAUGGAUCCCAACGCCAUCAAGGAGGAGCUACGCCUUUUUCAGAGCACCCUGCUCCAGGAUGGUCUGAAGGAGCUCCUGAAUGAGAAUAAGUUUGUUGACUGCACCUUGAAGGUUGGCGACCGCAGCCUGCCCUGCCAUCGACUGAUCAUGGCCGCCUGCAGCCCUUACUUCAGAGAGAUCUUCUUCACAGAGGAUGGGAAGGAGGUGGAGAACACCAAGGAGGUGGUCCUGGAGGAUGUCAACCCCACCAUCUUGGACAUGAUCAUUCAGUACCUCUACUCCGCUGAGAUUGAUCUCACAGAUGACAACGUUCAGGAUAUAAUUGCUGUAGCAAACAAAUUCCAGAUCCCCUCUGUCUUCACUGUCUGUGUCAACUACCUUCAGAAGAAGAUCUCUUUAGGCAACUGCAUGGCCAUCUUCAGGAUGGGCCUUGUGCUCAGUUGUCCCCGCCUUGCCAUCGCCGCUCGUAACUACAUCGCCGACCGCUUUGAGCUGCUGCACAAAGACGAGGAGUUCCUCAAGCUGGCUGCCCAUGAACUGUUUGCCAUCAUUGGUGGAGACUCACUCAAUGUGGAGAAAGAGGAGAUGGUGUUCGAAUCAGUCAUGGCUUGGGUUCGCUACGACAAGGAUAAGCGUAUCAAGGUCCUGAAAGACGCUUUCAACUGCAUCCGCUUCCGCCUGCUGCCUGAAAAGUACUUCAAAGACAAAGUGGAGAGCGACGAUAUAAUCAAGGCGGACCCUGAACUCCAGAAGACUAUCCAGGUUAUCAGAGAUGCCUUCAAGGGGAAACUUCCAGAGACCCCAAAGAAAAAGGAAGGAGAUGCGGGGGCGAGCAAGGCAGGAAGCGAGGAGGAAGAGGAUAGCCCCUUCCCUGGCUUCUUGAACGACAACCGCAGACAGGGUAUGUACGCACGGGACUUCAUCGUGAUGGUGAACGACUCGGCGGCGGUGGCAUACGACGUGAACGAGAACGAGUGUUUCCUGGCGGCCAUGUCAGAGCAGGUGCCCCGCAACCACGUCAGCCUGACGUCACAGAAGAACCAGCUCUACAUCAUCGGGGGGCUGUUUGUGGAUGAGGAAAACAAGGACGUUCCUCUACAAUGUUAUUUCUACUUGCUGGAUCCACUUGCCUCUGACUGGGUCGCCCUGCCACCCAUGCCCUCUCCCCGGUGCCUCUUCAGCAUCGGCGAGAGCAACAACCAACUGUUUGCUGUGGCCGGAAAAGACUUGCAGACUAACGAGUCACUGGAUACCGUCAUGUGCUACGACACUGAGAAGCUGAGGUGGAGUGAGACUAAGAAGCUUCCUCUGAAGAUCCACGGACAUGCAGUUGUGUCCUACAAAGGGCUGGUGUAUUGUAUUGGUGGCAAGACGGAUGAAAACAAAGCUCUCAGCAAGAUGUUUGUGUACAACCACAAGCAGUCCGAGUGGAGGGAGCUGGGCGCCAUGAAGACUCCCAGAGCCAUGUUUGGUGCCGUCAUCCACGAUGGCAAGAUCGUGGUGGCCGGCGGAGUGAACGAGGGAGGCCUCACUGCUUCCUGUGAAUCUUACAACUUUGCAACAAACAAGUGGGAGCCAUUCACAGAAUUCCCUCAGGAGAGAAGCUCUGUCAAUUUAGUGAGUACCGGUGGCGCGCUGUACGCCGUGGGCGGCUUUGCCAUGAUUGAGAUGGAGAACAAGGAGGUGGCUCCCACGGAGGUCACUGAUGUCUGGCAGUAUGAGAAUGAUAAGAAGCAGUGGAGCGGCAUGCUGAGGGAGAUGCGUUACGCCGCUGGAGCUUCCUGUGUGUCGAUGCGUCUCAACGCAGCCAGGAUGCCCAAACUGUAGACAGAGCUUUCUGUUUCUCCUUAUACGUCCUCCUCUUUCCCCCGCUGGCUGCCUCUGCAGUUUCCACGCACAUAUUUCCAUGUGCCAAGGUGAUCUUUGACACAUAAAUUUCGCUGAUGAUUUUAAUCAUAAAGGCUCCAGCUACCACCUAUUCAAAGACUGCACUGAACCCCACAGCACCAAGGAAAAGAACCUAUCUGAAGCUCUGUUUACGUUAUUUUGUAAAAUAAACCUUUUUGCACUGUUCAGCAUUGU